AUGCAAGGCAUUCCUGGGAUCAGUGCUACCUUCGACUAUAUUGUGAUCGGUGGAGGCACGGGAGGGAUCACACUCGCUUCACGGCUCGCUCUAAACAACUUCCGCGUGGCCCUGAUAGAAGCAGGGGACUACUACGAGAUGAAGUCCCUCGCUAAUAUACCGGGGGCGGUGGACAUCGGGGUUGGGUCGGAUCCUCACCAGACAACAUUGAUUGACUGGGGGUUCGUGGCAAAACAAGUCCCCGGAGCAAACGGGCGAGAUAUACACUAUCCACGAGGGAAAUGCUUGGGGGGAUCGUCUGCGUUAAACUUUAUGAUAUAUCAAAGACCAACCAAAGGGACAAUGGAGAUGUGGGCGGAUCAAGUCAACGAUUCCUCAUACAGCUUCGAGAAUGUAAUGCCCUUUUUCAAGAAGACUGUGCAAUUCACUCCCCCAAAUGCUGUAACCCGUUUUGCCAAUGCUUCUGCGAGGUACAAGCCAGACGCGUUUGAUCCAGCUGGUGGCCCUCUUCAUGUUUCCUAUUCGAACUAUGCUCAGCCAUUCUCGACCUGGAUGGAUCGUGGAGUAAUUGCAGUAGGCAUCAAGCGAACAGAAGAUUUUAAUAGUGGCACGUUGUUCGGUGCGCAGUACUGCUCAUCGACCAUUCGACCGUCUGAUCAAACAAGAAGUAGCUCUGAACGAGCCUUCUUAAAAUCAUCCCUCCCUCUAGGGAGACUGACUAUUUACAAAAACACAAUGGCUAGAAAAAUCAUUUUCAAUAAGUACAAAAAAGCGACAAAAGUGAGAGUAAGCUCGUUUUUGCUCCAGUUUACCCUGUACGCUGCCCGGGAAGUGAUCAUCUCGGCGGGUGCAUUUCAAUCGCCUCAGCUUCUUAUGCUUUCGGGGAUUGGUCCUGCUGAUAUCCUUCAUCAACACGGAAUUGACGUUGUCUCUGAGCUGCCCGGAGUUGGACAGAAUAUGUGGGAUCAUGUAUUCUUUGGACCAACGUACAGAGUGAACGUUGAGACCUUGACCAAGCUGGCAAACGAUGUCCCAUACUUGGCCGAACAACUUCUCAAAUACGAGGCAACACAUACAGGCCCACUGACAAACCCAGUCGCCGACUAUCUCGCCUGGGAGAAGCUUCCCAAUACGUCUCGUUCGAGAUUCUCUAGUGAAACGGAGCGUGAACUCUCCAAGUUCCCCAGUGACUGGCCCGAAGUUGAGUAUGUCUCUGGAUCGGGAUAUGUUGGCAACUAUUCGAACUUACUCACCACGCAACCGCGUGAUGGUUAUCAAUAUGCAACGAUCUUGGGCACACUCGUUGCCCCGACAUCUCGAGGAAAUGUCACAAUCGCCUCUGCUGAUCCCUCACAUCUUCCGAUAAUCAAUCCCAACUGGCUGGCUACCAGGGCUGAUCAAGAAGUCGCCGUUGCAACCUACAAACGUGUACGAGAAAUUUUUCAUAGCGAAGGGAUGUCCCCCGUCGUCAUAGGCGAUGAAUACUUCCCCGGUAGUCGACACAGCACAGACGAAGAGAUCCUGGAGGUCAUUAAGAAUACAGUCAUGACCAUCUACCACGCUUCAUGUACAUGCAAGAUGGGAAUAAAAGAUGAUCUUAUGGCCGUCGUUGACAGCAAGGCCAGAGUGUUUGGGGUACAGGGAUUGAGAGUAGUGGAUGCAAGCGCAUUCCCAUUGCUGGUCCCUGGGCAUCCACAAUCUGUGGUCUGUAAGUUUUUCCAUUCUAGGGAUCAUAAACUACAGGUACUGUUCUUUCUCAUGUGCGACUUUGUAGACAUGCUCGCGGAGAAGAUCGCCGCCGAUAUCAUCACUUCAUCAUGA